AUGUGUGACGGUCAGUUUUUUUUUCCCGAGUUUUGUUUAUCGUCGAUCACAUAUGGGUUUACAGAUCUGAGUUAUUUGCAACGGUUUCGGUCUCACAGAGUUGUAAGAGUAUCACAGAUUUCUUCAUCUCUGUUACGUGAUGGAUUUAACAUCAGAAUUCGCACCAUCUCUGAUAUUUCAAUCUUCACAAGACCACCAUGGGAGCUUACAAUUUUUUUUCCCACAAGAACUUCAACUCUCGGUGUUGGAUCUUUCGACAUGACAAGAAUGGUCAGUUUCUUCAAGUGGACUUAUGAUAGAUACGAGUCUAUCCUCAUCAACGAGCGUAACCUCUACGUGAGACAUAUCAAGCUUACCUAUGUUAGGCACAAUGCUCAUGCUGAUGGGUCACUGUCAACACGACUCCAACGCUGCAAGAGUAUUGGGCUGGAAGCUACUUCAAUAUCGUUUUGGCGUCCAUACUAUCUUCUGCUUGUCCUUUAA